AUGAAACAUAGAUCAGUCAAUAAAAAUUUUAUUCGAAUUUUAUUUUUAUUUUUGUUAAUAAUAACCAUAGUAUUCAGUAAUGGUGAUGUAAAAGAUAAUACAAAAGAAAUAGAAUCAUUAAAAGAAUUCAAAGAAUGGCUUGUAAAUAAUAACGCAUAUAUAAACCCAAAUAUAGAUAUUGAACUUUUAGAUAAAUAUGGACGUUCAAUCGUUGCAAAAAAAUCAAUCAAAAAACAAGAUAAAUUAAUUAGUAUCCCAAAAGAUAUUAUAAUGUCAAAUAUUGGUGGAUACCCAAAAAAAAUACCAAAAGAAAUCUAUGAACAAGUUCAAUCGAUUGGACUUUCACCUACAAAUUUACAAGCAGUUUUUAUAAUGUAUUCAAAAUUAAAUGAAAAAUCAUUUUGGCAUCCAUAUGUAACAGUGUUACCAGAAUCAUUUUCAACAUCACUUUAUUUUAGCGAUAAUGAAUUGGAUGAAUUACAAGCAUCCCAAUUAAAAGAAUUUACAAUCAUUAGAAAGGAUGGUAUCGAGAGACAUUACGAGAGUACAUUUUCAAGACUUAGCAAAUUAGUACCAGAGUUUUCAAAUUUAGCUUUAUAUAAUCAAGAACUUUUUACAUGGGCACUCAGUUGUGUAUGGUCCCGUGCAUUCAGUUUAGCGGAAAACGAUGGUGGUAUGGUACCAUUGGCUGAUAUGUUCAAUGCAGAAGAUCGUUCAAAAUCUAAAGUUUUACCAAAAGUUACAGAUACAACAUUGGAUUAUUAUGCCUCAGACGAUAUUGCGGAAGGUGAACAAAUCUUUACACCAUAUGGCGUUUAUAAGCCAUUAAGUAGCAGUCAAAUGUUGAUGGACUAUGGUUUUAUUUUCGAUGAAGGUACAGUAUCUGAUAAUGUUGCAAUAACAGUACCAGUAUUUCACAACGAUGAACCAAAUCUUUCAACCAAACAAGAAAUAUUAGAAGAAAAUGAUAUAAUAAACGAAGUUUUCCUCUUACAAAAAACUGAUCCACUCCCAGCCGACCUUUUAUUAUAUGCUCGUGUCAAAAACUUAAUAGCAAAAGAAUGUGAUCAAGCCAAAAAACACUUUUUAUCACCAAAUACAAGAAAUACACCACUAAAUACAAGAAAUGAAAAAGUUUCAUUAAGAUUUUUAGAGAAUUUAAUUCACCGUUAUUUAGAUUCAUAUGGUACAAAUUUAGAAUCUGAUAAAAAUUUAUUAAAAAACUAUUACAGCUCUGAUAACAACAACAAUAAUAAUAAUGAUAACAACAGUGUUGACAACAAUCAAAUAUCUUUUAAUGUUAUAAACGCUAUUAAAAUCAGAAUAAUGGAAAAAGAAAUUUUAAUAUCAGCUUUAAAUAUUAUAGAAAAAGCAAGAUCCGAAUUAAUAAAUAAUUAA